AUGACUCCUGUAUUUUCUGCGCCCGAAUUUGAAAUUCCGACCCAUUGUAAGGCCGGGGUGGUCAUCAACGAGGGUCCGGAUUUCGAGAUCCGAGUAGAAAUGGUACCAGUUCCCGAGCCAGGUCCGGAUGAAAUUUUGAUUCGAUUGAACGCGACCGGACUUUGUGUGUCCGACAUUCACUUGAUGCAAGGUGAUAUAGGCGCCCCACCGAUGUCAAUGUUUGGAGUGCGCUCGCCAGGCCACGAAGGUGCUGGCGUUGUCGUUAAGCUCGGGGAAAAUGUCAAGAAUUUCAAGCUGGGGGAUCGUGCAGGAAUACGGCCGCUGAUGGACACAUGCGGUGCAUGCGAGCUUUGUUGGGAUGAUAAAGACCAACACUGCGCCACCAGCGUGCAUACUGGGCUUAUGACUGCUGGCACCUAUCAACACUACAUUGUUGCACCUGCGCGAUACUCGUCCCCAAUCCCCGACGGUAUACCGGAUGUGGUCGCCGCUCCGAUCAUGUGCAGCGCAACCACCAUGUAUCGCUCAUUGACCGAAUCCGGCCUCAAACCCGGCAACUGGGCAGUGUUUCCUGGCGGCGGAGGCGGCGUGGGGAUCCAAGGCGUACAACUAGCCAGAGCCAUGGGCAUGCGCCCAAUCGUGAUAGACACGGGAGCAGCUAAAAAGGCUCUGGCACUAGACAUGGGAGCAGAGGCAUUCAUCGACUUCGCCGAAGUGCCAGACGCCGCUGCGGCCGCCAUUGAAAAGGCAGAUGGCAUUGGAGCACACGGCAUCUUCGUCACUGCGCCAGCGGCUUAUAAGUCCGCACUCUCGUAUGUCGGCAAACGCAUUGGCGCUAUCCUCAUGUGCAUUGGGCUGGGUCCGGUCGGUUCUCUCACGGUCGGGGAUGAUCCCAACGCUUUUGUCUUUAAGAAUCUGACCGUGAAGGGGACGUUGGUCGGCAGUCGUAAGGAUACGGCAGCAGCGCUGGAUUUUGCCAGACGGGGCCAAUUGAAGGAUAUCAGCGAGGUGAUCGGGAUCGAUCAAUUGCCAGAGGGAGUAGAGAAGCUUCGCAAAGGGCAGGUGGCCGGGCGAAUUGUGGUGGACUUCAAUUUGAAGGAAUGA